AGUGGUGUCUGCUAACGGAACGGAAUCUUCCUUCUGUUUGUGCUUCCUGAGCUUCAGUGUGUAGGCUACGUACAAAAUUGUCAUGUUGGCAUGUUUUAUUAUUUUAUGAUCAUUAAUUGGCUGCUGACAAAUUUAUAAAAUACUACUUGGUCACACAUAACGAAACUACAGAAAUCGAUCAUUAGGAUGACGACACUAUUGUCCAAGUUGUUUACUUUUAUACCUCCAAAAUUUGAACUUCCAGUUGUGAGAUACAAGCAAUUUCAUUCUUCAGGUGUAAGAUUCAAGGCAAAACUCAUUGAUGGACGUCAGAUUGCCAACACAAUACUGGCCGAGCUCAGACAGGAGACAGAGGAGUGGGUUGCGGCAGGUAAUCGACGUCCUCAACUCACAGCUCUACUGGUUGGAGAAGACCCUGCAAGCACAACUUAUGUCAAGAACAAGAUGAAGGCUGCUAAACAAGUAGGAAUCCAAACCAAAACAAUCCACUGUUUGAUGAGCAUAUCAGAGAAGGAUCUUCUACAGCACAUCCACCUUUUAAACAAUGAUCCAGAAGUUGAUGGAAUUUUAGUCCAGCUUCCAAUCCCAGACCACAUAACAGAAAGAGCGAUCUGUAAUGCCGUGGCACCAUCAAAAGAUGUAGAUGGUUUCAACAUUGUAAACGUCGGCCGUUUCUGUUUAGACAUGAGGACACUUGUCCCUUGCACACCCCUAGGAGUGCAGGAACUCAUCAAAAGAUCAGGUAUUUCAACAUUUGGAAAAAACGCAGUCGUCUGUGGUCGUUCAAAGAACGUGGGAAUGCCUAUUGCGAUGCUUCUUCAUGCGGAUGGAGCAGGUGAGACAAACGCUAUGGAUGCAACCACCACGAUCUGCCACAGGUACACUCCUCCGGAACAGCUGGCCGUCUUCUCCAAGACAGCUGACAUCAUUGUAUCAGCCGCAGGAGUUCCGAACCUGAUACGGGCCGAUAUGGUGAAAGAGGGAGCUUGUGUCAUUGACGUUGGAAUCACCAGAAUCAUCGACAAGGCUACUGGGAAAAAUCGUCUCGUUGGUGACGUAGACUUUGAAGGAGUGAGCGAGGUGGCCGGUCACAUCACGCCCGUGCCCGGAGGCGUGGGACCGAUGACGGUGGCGAUGUUGAUGAGGAACACACUCCUCGCUGCCAAACACGCUGUCAUCUACAACAUCCUUGACCCUGGAGCAGUCAUACAUAAGGAGGCCAGUCAACUACGUCCUUGAUCUUGGCUCUACACUGACGACCCUUGUUGAAUCCAUCGCUAAACAAGUCGCCAGUUUUUGUGUAACAGUGUUCUUUAAAGCUGCAGUCAGCUUUGAUAUCGGUGCCUUUAAUAUUUUUCUUGUUCAUCUGAUGUUGAUCUGAGUUGGACUGCUAAAAAGAAUUUUUCUAAAACAAAUGGUAUACACCAUGCUUUGUUGAGUACGAGUGGUAUUAAUUGCACAAUGAAACCACACAUUGUGAAUCUACCUCAAACAAUGACCUUGUGCAUGUUCAUAUUUAAAUAACUCAGAAACCGUAAAAACAACUAUUAAAGUGGGUGUAUCUUUUGUUUGAUAUGUUUGACAUUCUUAAACAAGUGACACACAUUUUGAUUAUAGAUCAUUUUCUUUUUAGCUGUUCGACUGAAAAGUUUUCUUUACUGUGAUAGGUGCUAGCACACCUAAACGUGUCUUAUUUGCUCAAAGUGUUGCAUAAAAAUCUACUAGUUUAAAAUUAGUAACAUUUAUUUGCUUUAGUUAAGUCAUUAUAUUUUAUUGUGAGUAUGGAUACCAAGUACAUGGAGAGAAUUUUACCUCAAGAUUGUGAAAAACUUCAGUAUUAAAAUAAUUAUGUUACACAUCCUUAUUCUUCUCAGUCGACUAGGUAAACUAUGCUUGAUUGAAUUAUUAAUGUUGUAUUUCAAAUGCUUUGCAUUGUAUUUAGGGCCUUCUAAACCAAAACGUAGUUUUGAGUUCCAAAAUAUAAUCUAAUUAAAAAUCUCUAUAUUAAUAUUUUUUUAUUUAACCUGGUGGAUUAUUUGUACAGGCAGGGUACUUAGUUUCAAAAUACAUUAUAAUAUAAUAUUAUUUAUAAAAGAACCCUAUUUCAAUGGAGAUAUGUUUACCAACCAGUUAACAAAGGAUGAAACUUUAAAGUUAGGUUAGGUAAUAAGGACAAGUUAGGCAAUGUAUUUUAAUCAUUACUUCAUCAAAAACCUUACCAAAAAGACCGAUUUGUCUAAAAAUGUAGAGAUAGGUAAAUGGAAGCUGGCUUUUGCUAUACCAACGUAGACAGAGUUUAAGGCUCCCUUAAUAUAACUCAGUAAUUGUGAGAAUAAAACUUCAAGUAUUAGUGAUAAUUGACAUUAAUUAAAUACAGUAGAACUCCAAAAACCCUGACUCCAACUAUCCGAGGUGCACAAAAUAACAAAGAAUCGUUAUUAAAGAAGGCUGAUGUCAUGGUCAAAGAAAAAUCUGAACAUCUCCCCACGGUCUGCAAACAUCAUAGCCCCCCAAAGUAACAAAAGCCUUUACAGUAGACUCCCUCUUAUCCGUACACUUUUUAAAUGAAAUGAUAAAUGAAAAAAUAAAUAAAUAUAGUAAUUAAUAACGUAUUUAACAGUAAGGAAGUAGUGUUCACCUUUAGCAAUGUUCUCAAACACAAAUUUAAUAAAUGUUGUCUUCCUAUUCAUUAAAGCACUUAGUUCACUUGUUCACUAAGCAAUAAGCAUUUAUUAAAAAAUAUUUUGGAAGAAUGUAAAAACACAAUAAGAAAUUGUAUUCUCCUCUUUUUAAUUUGGAGUGUACUCAAGCAUAUUAAUUAGAGGCAAAAUAGUUGAAUAUAACCAACCACAAAUUUUGACAUAUGAUUUGAAUAGAUUUAAUAGAAACCUUUUUGUACUCCAAGUAAAUACACUGUAAAUCUACACGAUAAGUUUGAUUUCUCUUUGUGUGUGGAGCAGGUUAUACAGUUUACCUUUGAUAGUCUAUUAUUCUUUGUCAAAUCCUGUGAUGUAUAAUUUAGUGUCUACUUAUUUUAUAAAAUUUUGUACGUUUUUUACUGAAACAAAUUCUUGCGCGUAAAGCUAUCUCUUGUAGUAUUAUUUUCUGAGAAAUGGGUCAUCUUAAUUGUUUAACUAGAAGUGAAAUCCUCUCUCUUACAAGAUUUUUAAAUGAUAUUUUACUGUUAAAAUUCAAAAUGUUUAUAUUUAAGUGUCAAAACGUUUUCUACCAGUGCUGUGCUAGUUCUGUUCUUUAUUAGGCCUACUUAGCCAGUGCUUUCAAAUUUCUAGAACAAAACUUGUAAGCUUGUUGUUCCAAUUCAAAGAAUACAUAAGAUGACUAGCACGUUGGGACUUAAAACUUUCACAUGAGCUCAGCAAUAAUUAUUUUGGAGCAGGAUUUAUCUACUCUAUUUAUUAACUCUCACGUUGGAUCUUGUAUGAUUGUAUAUGCUUGCAAAACAUGUUCAUGGUUUCAAGAAAUAGCUUUUAUUAUACUAGGACUGUUAUAAAUGUUUUUAUUUUGUUGUUUUUACUGUCUACGAACUAGGACUUCUGUUUUUAUAUUUACAAUUGUUCUUAAAGUUUU